AUCUAGUUAUGUACCUCUAACUGAUAUCUAUACAUGAACUACAAUAAUUUAGAUGUGUAACUAUGACAACUUUGUACGCAAUCAAAUUGCUAAUCACAACCGACUAAAUCCAUUAGAAAAAGGGUCUGGCUUUGAUUUGCGGAGCUACUUAGAGAUGAGUCAGCGGGGUUUAAUCUAUAGCUUUGUUGCUAAAGGAACUGUUGUGUUAGCCGAGCACACACCAUAUACAGGAAAUUUCAGUACAAUUGCUGUUCAGUGCUUGCAGAAGCUACCUUCCAACAGCAGCAAGUACACAUUCUCAUGUGAUGGGCAUACAUUUAACUUCCUCAUAGACAAUGGGUUUGUUUUCCUCGUGGUUGCAGAUGAAUCAGUUGGGAGGAGCGUGCCUUUCAUUUUUCUUCAACGAGUGAGGGAUGACUUUAACCAGGUUUAUGGUUCAAGUAUUAAGAAUGGCGAUGCUGGUUCACUUGCUGAUGAAGAUGACUUAUUUGAAGACAAAUUUGGCAUUGCAUACAAGUUAGACAGAGAAUUUGGGCCAAGGCUUAAGGAGCACAUGCAAUAUUGCAUGAACCAUCCUGAGGAAGUAAGUAAACUAUCAAAAGUGAAGGCUCAAGUAACGGAGGUCAAGGGGAUAAUGAUGGACAAUAUUGAGAAGGUUUUGGAUCGUGGCGAGAAGAUUGAACUUCUGGUCGAUAAAACAGAAAAUUUACAGUUCCAGGCUGACAGCUUCCAGAGGCAAGGCAGGCAUCUAAGGCGCAAGAUGUGGCUGCAGAAUCUCCGAAUGAAGCUAAUGGUGGGAAGUGCAGUCCUUAUCCUGAUUAUAAUGCUGUGGCUUAUUGCUUGCAAGGGUUUCAAAUGUUGAUGGGUCUAAGCAACCCUGCAUCAACACGUACAUGACAUAAAUGGAUGUGCACGAUGAAGUCAUGUUUGCAUGUAUAGUUUUAUACAGGAAUGUAUAAUGUUAGUACCCUAGCCUGUAUAGAUUACGUGGAAAACUGCUUGCUUUCAAGUCGUUAGAUUUUGACGGUACAAUUUUCUAAUUUUAUAUUUUCAAAGAGAGUCAAAAUGUUCUAAAGUUGGAACAAAACCACGGUCGUAGAAUGUAAAAGUAAUUCGUCCUCUUAAUUGACUCGCAUAGUCCUACUUCU